AACGCAAAACAAAGCCCAACUCAGUAACACUCUUCACUUCACAACCAACCAUCCAUUCUUUCACACACAGAUCUGAGUUAGGUUAGGUUUAUUUUGAAAACAAAAAAAAAUCCCCAAUGUCGCAGCAAUUAGGGUUCGCGAUCGAGCUAUACCUAGACCCUGCGUUGGAGAAUCAGGUUCUGAAAGCAUGGAACGUUCUUGCGAGAAGACAAAUCAGCACGCACCUGAUAGAAAUGGAGUCUCGGCCACACAUAACCCUAUUCUCGGCGCCAUUUCUAGAACCUUCGAAGCUCGAAUCUCUCCUGAAAGGCUUCGCAUCGAAGCACGAUCCUCUCCCUCUCACCUUCUCUUCCCUCGCCACUUUCCCCAACGACCCCGACAACCUCCUCUUCCUCGCCCCAACCCCUUCCCUCUCACUCCUCCACCUUCAGUCACAGCUCUGUGACGCUAUCAGAAAAGAAGGCCUCGAAAUCGGUGACGAUUACGCUUUCAAUUCCUGGAUCCCUUAUUGCUCCGUUGCACACCAUGUCCCCAAAAACAGAAUGCCUGAGGCUUUCUCCCUCUUGAGGGAACUCAAGCUUCCGGUUUCCGGUUACGCCAUGGAUAUCGCUCUCGUUCAGUUCUCUCCGGUUCGGGAAAUCUUCUCGUUUGUGCUCGGCAACAACAGUUGAGAUACCAGUCUCAGGAGUGCUUGCCGGUGUGCUGGACCUCUUCAAGUUCAUGUGACCCAUCAUAUGUUCAGAAUUUCUAACUGAAUGGCUGGAGUAGACUGAAAUAGUUCAGCAUCCAAUGCUGAUUCGGAAUGGUUCUAUUUUGUUUUUGAAUAGUAAGCUGUUUGAUUUGUGUCCAUAACUCUUCUUCCUGUCAGAUUUUCCCAUGGCAGUUGUCUCUGGUUCUCUGUGUCGUCUUGUAUGUUGGGCUAUAUGAAGUCUAGUAGUGGCACGAAUAUAUGUGUGCUACUUAUGGGAAUCGCUAGUAAUGCUACUUACACCACCGCAUAACUGCUAAUGUGACUGCAUAUGAGUUAUGAUUUCUACCAAAGGCUCUCACCCUUUUUUUUUUUUCUUGCUUAAACUCUGACGCAGACACAUUAGCAGUUGUGCUGGGAUUGAUUGUGUAAAUAGCUUUUCUCAUAAAUACCCAUCAUUUCUGGGAAAAGUAAAGAAAUGCUGUUUGUUUUAGCAUUUUAUAUUUCAUCAAUUUUAGUCUAUACUUUUUAUUCUUAGGUUUAUAAGAACAGUUAAUACUUUGGUGGAUGGUAAAUUGGUAAUCCAUUUGAGUUCUUAUCCAUGGUCGGAGUCUGGCAGUCCCCAAGCUAUUUGCUGUGGUCCAUAAGUAACUCCAUUUUAGGCUGUAUGGUACAUUCCCUUUUUUAGUAUGUGUUGUAAUCUGAUGAUUUUAAAAUAAUUAUAUUUAAUUUCAAACCACUUUGUAGUUGUAAA